AUGGUAGACCAUAACGAGAAAUUGCUACAGGAGUUACUUAAGAAACCCGGGAAUAAUGUGUGUGCCGAUUGUGGAAGCGAGGAUCCUGAUUGGGCUUCAUACAACCUGGGCAUAUUCAUAUGCAUGCGAUGUGCGAGCAUCCACCGCGGCAUGGGGGCUCAUAUCAGCAAAGUGAAGCAUCUCGAAUUAGACCGUUGGGAAGAUUCACAAGUUCAGAGGAUGAAGGAAGUUGGUAACAUUACUGCAAAGCAUAAAUAUGAAGAACGAGUGCCUCCGUGUUACAGACGGCCGACAAAAAACGAUCCACAGGUUUUGAUCGAGCAAUGGAUACGAGCAAAAUAUGAGCGUGAAGAGUUUUGUCAUCCAGAACGCCAAAGCUAUCUUUCCGGCUCCAUGGAAGGAUUCCUCAUGAAGAGAGGCAAAGAAGACAGCAAGUACCAACUUAGAAAAUUUGUCCUAAACGAGAAUGAGGACACACUGAAGUACCAAGACGCUUCCGACGGCUGUAGCCGUGCUUCGGGUUGUCUCGGUCGGAUUUUCGAUCAUCUCCGACUCAAAAACUUGGGUCGUUUGAGAUAUCAUGUCAAAGAGCAUAAAGAGCCUAAAGGUGUUUUGAAGUUGUCAGAACUAAAUGUUUCAUUCGCGCCAGCUAAGAUCGGACACAUGAACUCCAUGCAGCUGACAUUUAUGAAAGACGGCUCUACCAGGCACAUUUACGUGUAUCAUGAAGACCCAGAAGUUAUUAAUAAUUGGUAUACAGCGAUAAGGUGUGCAAAACUUCAUUUGCUCCAAGUUGCAUUUCCAUCAACACCACAAUCAGACCUAAUCCUUCGUUUACCAAAAGAUUUUGCAAGAGAAGGCUGGCUUUGGAAGACUGGACCAAGACCUUCUGAUGUGCACAGACGUCGAUGGUUCACACUUGAUAACAGAAAACUAAUGUAUCACGAUGAGCCCUUGGACGCUUAUCCAAAAGGGGAAAUAUUUAUAGGCCACGAAUCUAACGGUUAUCACAUAAAAGUAUCGAACACGGGUAACGGGUGUAAAGAGGCAAGAUUUCCAUUCCACCUUGUAACUCCUGAGAGAACGUUUUGUCUCGCGGCGACCACGCACGAAGAUAGAGCGGGCUGGCUUGCAGUCAUACAACAGACCCUGAAGAGACCGCUAACACCACAAGAUUCUACCAUCGAAGCGACUCUUGUUCGCAAACGCACAACGUCAAAUUCGAUCAGCAUAUUUUCUGGAAGG